CUCCUCUGUGGUGGGCAGUGUGUAGAGAGGUGCCUUGUAGUCUUGGGGUGUGGCUGCCAUGGUGAGAACAACAGUUGCGGGACUGUGCGAUGAUUUCGUGAUGUGUGUGAACAGGUCAGGAGCAGAAAAGGUUACGGGAGUCUUAUCAGUGUUGGUUGAGAGGCUGUGUGCAGGAUGCGCCUACACCUACGUCAUUCAGUUGAAGGAUUCAGAUGCGCUGACACCUUCGUCAUGCAGUUGACGGAUUCAGAUGCACUUAGUUUCACGACAGCCUGUGGCCGAAGCUACAUCCGCAAGUCCUUUUCCAAUGGACAUCAUUUCGAGGACCCGAGUCUCGCAUUACAAGGAUUUCAAUCACGGCAACAUGUCGAAUCAUUCCUCAACUACC